AUGGUCGGCAAGGACUGUGUGGCAAUUGCAUCAGAUCUGAGACUGGGUAGUCAAUCCCUAGGUGUAUCCAACAACUUCGAGAAGGUGUUCAACUUUGGCCAUGUGUUCUUGGGACUUACUGGUCUGGCCUCGGAUGUCACAACGUUGUCCGAAACAUUCAGGUUCAAGACGAACAUGUACAAGAUGAGAGAAGACAGGCUGAUAGAACCGGAGACUUUUGCUAACCUGGUGUCGUCCACCCUUUACGAGAAGAGAUUCGGCCCUUACUUUGUGGGUCCAAUUGUGGCUGGUAUAAACUCAAAAACAGAAAAGCCUUUUAUCUGUGGGUUUGACCUGAUUGGAUGUAUAGAUUUUGCAAAGGACUUUAUCGUGGCUGGUACUGCAUCUGAUCAGCUCUACGGUAUGUGCGAGUCCGUGUACGAACCCAAUCUCGAACCUGAAGAUCUCUUCGAGACGAUAUCCCAGGCCCUGUUGAACGCGGCUGAUAGAGAUGCGUUGUCUGGUUGGGGUGCUGUGGUGUAUGUGAUCACGAAGGACAAGAUUGUGAAGAGGUACUUGAAGUCUCGCCAGGAUUAG